AUGAACGAUUAUCCAACCAUGUAUGAUCUUCCUGUAUCUUUUGCAUUUGGUGUUUUCAUAGCCUCCAUUCAAGACCUGAGCACCCCUAAUGAGUUGUAUAAUGGUGUAACAGCAUCACAAUUAACAAUGUCUGUGUUAUAUAAGUAUGAACCUAGAGAUGAAAUAAAUGAAGAUUCACAAGAAGAAAGCUCAUCGCAAGCCAAAAAAUUAAAGACCACCAUAACUGAAGCUAGAGUCAACGAUGACUCAGACAAUUUUCUAACUGAUGACCAGUAUACAGACGAAGAAGAACCAGCUAAAGAAGUACACUCACCCCAAGAAAAACUAGAAGCACAAAAAAAAUUCAUUAAUCUAAUAAUUUACUUUCAUGAAUAUUCAUAA